UGGGAAGUUUACAGAGGCAAGACCUAAAGCAGAGUGAGGUGUGACCAGAUGGUUACACAAACCUGAUUUUAGAUUGUAGCUCAGACGAGACACAAGUCAGGAGGGGCCAAAAAAGCAGGUCUGAAACACACACAGGGACAACUACUAUCAAACACGCUUACUUCGCCGGCAGAGACGACACUUGCAGGAGAGUGAGACACUGCUGAGGGAUUUACUUGAGGAAGGGAAAAAGAGUGGAGUCUGGAUGGACACCCUCUGCAGUCUCAGUGGCCUGGACCCUCUCUGGGAUUGGAACGUCACGUGGUACACAGAACAUCCAGACCUCACAAAGUGCUUCCAGCACACGAUACUGGUGUGGUUCCCUUGUUUCUAUCUCUGGAUCUGUGCCCCUUUCUACUGCUUGUAUCUCAAAUUCUAUUACAAUGGACGCAUAUCUAUAUCCAGCCUCUGCUGUGCCAAGAUGGGUUUGGCUCUCUGUCUGGCCUCCAUUGGUUUUUUGGAGACGGUCUACCUGCUGGUGGAAAGAAGCAGAGACAUAGAGCAUCUCAUGGUCUUUCUCCUGAGCCCUAUUAUCCGUAGCCUUACCAUGAUACUGGUGAUGUUGAUGAUCCACUUAGAAAGGCUGAGGGGCUUUCGUUCCUCUGUGUUUCUCUUUCUGUUUUGGAUGCUUUCGGUGGUCUGCUCACUGGUGCCUCUCAGAGCCAACAUACAAGCCAACAUAAAGGAGGGUUUCUCUGCAGAUCCGAUGAGAUUUGCGGCAUUUUUCACAUUCUUCUCUCUUCAGCUGGCACAGCUCAUCCUCAGCUGUUUCGCUGACCAGCGGCCAGACACUCUUAAACCUGUAUAUGUGAAGAACCCAUGUCCAGUUGAGGAUGCCUCUUUCCUGUCAAAAUUACUUUUCUGGUGGUACGGCAGACUGGUGGUGAAGGGCUACCGCUCACCUUUAAAAGCUGAAGAUCUCUGGUCUCUACGAGAAGAGGACACAUCUGAAAAAAUCAUCUGUGAUCUAGAAAAAGAGUGGGCAAAACAAUGGGCCAAACUGCAACAGAAAAAGAGCUCUCUGAAUGAAGCGCAAACACUUGGUUUUAAGCUGAGUUCCUGUGUUAAGCAGCUGUUCAGAAAACUCUUUAAGGAACAGUGUACAGGUUUUGUUCUGUUUAGGACACUGGCCAAAAUAUUCAGCCCCUACUUUCUGACUGGGACUCUCUUUCUUGUCAUCCAAGAUGCUUUGAUGUUCUCCAUCCCACAAGUACUAAGUUUACUGCUUGGCUAUGUGAGGGAUGAAGAUGCCCCCUUGUGGAAGGGUUACCUCUUCGCCUUUUCUCUGUUCCUGUUGUCUUGUCUGCAGUCCCUAUUUAACCAUCAGUACAUGUAUACCUGCUUAACAGUUGGCAUGAGGGUUAAAACUGCAGUUAUGGGCCUGGUGUACCGGAAGUCUCUGGUCAUCAACAGUGCAGCCCGCAAGACAUGUACAGUCGGAGAGAUAGUGAACUUGGUUUCAGCUGACACCCAAAAACUUGUGGAUUUCGUAAUGUACUUUAAUGCAUUGUGGCUGGCACCCAUUGAAAUCGCCUUGUGUCUUUUCUUCCUCUGGCAGCAUCUCGGUCCAUCCACCUUGGCUGGCAUCACCACUGUGAUACUCAUCUUUCCUUUAAAUGGGUUUAUUGCCAAAAUGAGAAGCAAGCUCCAGGAGGUCCAGAUGAAACAUAAGGAUGAACGCAUAAAGUUGAUGAACGAAAUCUUGAGUGGCAUAAAGAUCCUUAAGUUUUAUGCCUGGGAAAAGGCCUUCAGAGAGCGAGUGCUGGGAUACAGGGAAAAAGAGCUGAAUGCUCUGAAGAAGUCCCAGAUACUUUACUCCGUUUCCAUCGCCUCCUUUAACUCAUCAACAUUAUUGAUUGCGUUUGCCAUGUUCGGGGUGUAUGUGCUAAUUGAUGAUAAGCAUGUUCUGGAUGCUCAGAAAAUCUUUGUGUCCAUGGCUCUUAUCAACAUACUUAAAGCUCCACUCAGUCAACUGCCAAUUGCAAUGAGCACUACUAUGCAGGUGGUGGUUUCUCUCAAACGUCUUGGGACGUUUCUCGAUCAAGAUGAGCUGAAACUUGAUAGCGUGCAGAGAGUUCCAUACAAUCCCAAUAUUGAAAGUGUUGUUAUUAACAAUGGCACAUUCAGCUGGUCUAAAGACAGCACACCAUGUCUCAGGAGAAUCAAUGUCAAAGUUCAGCGAGGUUCACUGGUGGCUGUAGUUGGUCAUGUGGGCAGUGGAAAAUCCUCUCUCUUGUCUGCAAUGCUUGGAGAAAUGGAAAAGAAAAGUGGCCACAUCACAAUCACGGGCUCUGUGGGUUAUGUUCCUCAGCAAGCAUGGAUCCAGAAUGCCACUCUUAAAGACAACAUUUUGUUUGGAUGUGAGAAGAAAGACAGUUUGUACCAGAAAGUACUGGAAGCCUGUGCCCUCCUACCAGACUUAGAGAUCCUUCCUGCACGAGAUGCAACAGAGAUUGGAGAGAAGGGGUUAAAUCUGUCAGGAGGUCAAAAACAGAGAGUAAGUCUGGCACGAGCAGUAUACAGGAAUUCUGAUAUCUAUCUGUUGGAUGAUCCCUUGUCAGCGGUGGAUGCACAUGUGGGUCAACACAUCUUUGAAAAAGUCAUUGGACCUAAUGGAUCUCUUAAAAAUAAGACUCGUGUUCUGGUGACUCAUGGGCUCAGCUUUCUGCCCCAAGCAGACCUGAUCCUGGUGAUGGCAGAUGGAGAAAUCAAAGAGAUGGGCUCUUAUGCCGAGCUUCUGAGCAGAAAGAAUGCCUUUGCAGAGCUUAAGGCUUUUUCUGUUAGUGAACGCAAGGAAAGUGCCACCCUAAAAGGAACCAGGAAAUCAGUAUCUUUCCUAAGCAUAAAAGACUUCUCUACUGACCUCAUCAGGGGAGAUUUGGGAAGUGCAAGUAUACAAACCAUGGAAGCAAUAUCUGACCCAAAACUGAAUCAGGACAGGGAUGAAGUUGGCAGACUAACCCAAGCUGACAAAGCACAUACAGGCCGGGUGAAACUGGAGAUGUAUGUGGAGUACUUCAGGACCAUCGGCUUGGCCUUCAUAAUCCCCAUCAUCUUCCUCUAUGCGUUCCAGCAAGUUGCUUCACUGGCUUACAACUACUGGCUCAGUUUGUGGGCAGAUGACCCGGUUAUAAAUGGAACACAGGUUAACACUGAUCUGAAGCUUGGUGUAUAUGGAGCUCUUGGCUUUGCUCAAGGAAUUGCAAUUUUCGGGACUACUGUAGCAAUAUCCCUUGGAGGAAUAAUUGCAUCCCGGCAACUUCAUCUGGACCUUCUGAACAACGUACUUCACUCUCCCAUGUCAUUCUUUGAAAGUACACCUAGUGGUAACCUUCUCAAUCGUUUCUCAAAAGAGAUAGACGCCAUUGAUUGCAUGAUCCCUCAUGGUCUGAAGAUCAUGCUAGGCUAUGUGUUCAAACUUCUGGAGGUUUGCAUUAUCGUGCUGAUGGCAACUCCAUUUGCAGGAGUGAUCAUAUUGCCGUUGACUCUUCUCUAUGCCUUUAUCCAGAGUUUCUAUGUUGCCACAUCCUGCCAGUUGCGAAGACUAGAGUCAGUGAGUCGUUCACCCAUUUAUACUCAUUUCAAUGAGACAGUCCAAGGAGCCAGUGUGAUCCGGGCCUUUGGUGAACAGCCUAGAUUCAUUCUUCAGGCUAACUGUCGAGUGGACCUCAAUCAAACGUCCUACUUCCCAAGAUUUGUAGCUUCAAGGUGGCUGGCAGUAAAUCUAGAGUUCCUGGGUAACUUGCUGGUCCUUGCUGCAGCUAUCCUAUCUGUUAUGGGAAGGGCAACUUUAAGUCCUGGAACAGUGGGGCUAGCUGUGUCUCACUCUCUCCAGGUCACCGGGAUUCUAAGCUGGAUUGUGCGGUCAUGGACUGAUGUAGAAAACAACAUUGUGUCUGUUGAGCGAGUGAAAGAAUAUGCUGAAACGGCAAAAGAGGCACCAUGGACAUUCGAGGACAGUCCACUCCCGUCUGACUGGCCCAGAUCCGGAUCUAUUGGAUUCCAGGCAUAUGGACUUCAGUAUCGCAAGGGUCUUGACUGGGCCUUGAAAGAAAUUUCCCUCAGUGUCAAUGAGAGAGAAAAAGUUGGAAUUGUGGGAAGAACAGGAGCUGGAAAAUCAUCUCUGGCUCUUGGAAUCUUUCGUAUCCUUGAGGCAGCAAAAGGAAAGAUCUUUAUAGAUGGCAUAAACAUAGCAGAGAUUGGACUGCAUGAACUGAGGUCUCGUAUCACUAUCAUCCCACAGGAUCCAGUGCUGUUCUCGGGUUCGUUACGUAUAAAUCUGGAUCCCUUUGAUCGCUACACUGAUGAAGAGGUUUGGAGAUCUCUAGAACUUGCACAUCUCAAGACCUUUGUGUCUGACUUGCCUGACAAACUCAACCAUGAGUGUUCAGAGGGUGGAGAGAAUCUCAGUUUGGGUCAGCGGCAGCUGAUUUGCCUGGCUCGAGCUCUCCUCAGAAAGACGAAGAUUCUGGUUUUGGAUGAAGCCACUGCAGCGGUGGAUCUAAAGACGGACAAUCUGAUACAGUCCACCAUCCGAACCCAGUUUGAGGACUGUACAGUUCUGACCAUUGCACACCGCCUCAACACCAUCAUGGACUACACAAGGGUAAUUGUGAUGGACAGAGGGAACAUCACAGAGAUAGACUCUCCAUCUAACCUGAUAUCUCAGCAUGGUCAAUUCUAUCGAAUGUGUCGAGAGGCUGGGCUGGUGUGAACCUUCACCAUCAAUGACAAAAUCGUAUCUUCACUUAGGAGAGACAAUGAAAAUAUUGGUGUAGAAUAACCAAUAUCUAAAUGGCAUAUAUAGAUGGCUACUCAAGUGAAGCACAAAGCUCAGGAUGAAGAGGACUUGGAUGCAAUAGUUGUUCUAGUAAAGCUGGUGUACACAUUUUCUCCUGUACAACAGAAGUAGUGUGCUUUAGCCUGCUGGUACUUUCACUGAUGUCUGAGGUGCGAAAUCAGAAAGACUCAGUAAUCAGUAAUCUCAUUUCAACAUUUAAAGACUUGAGUGACCUUUAGCAACUUACCGUAGAGUUCUUCAGGUAGUCAGACAGUAUUUAUCUUCUCUAAUUUAAAUGAAAGUAAAGUUUCAUUCAAUACUGUAGUUUAUUCUUAUAGUUCCUUAGACAGGAUUCCUUUCCUUAAUUAUUUCAUUUAAGCACAUUUAAACCUAAAUUCCCUUACAAAUGAAGCAUGCAUUUAUUUAAAGCUAUUUACAAUGUGAGAAAUACGUCGUAUUUAAAGCAGAGUCACGGGGCAGCAGUUUCUCAUCAGACACUUCCUCCAGCUUCUCUGGGAGAAUUCCAAGAUGUUCCCUGGUAUGCAGAGACGCAACCAGUUUGCCCUGGAGCUUCUCCUAGGCCCCUUUCUGGUGGGCAACACCUCCCCUGGAGGCAUUCAAAACAGAUGCCCCAGGCACCUCAACUGGCUUCCCUUGACGAGGUGGAGCAGCGGCUCUACUCCAAGGCCCCGUUUACACUAAUGUGUUUUAGUUUGAAAACGCAUACGUUUUGCUACGGUUACGCCAUCCGUCCACACUGCGCCGGAGUUUUCGAGAGCCAA